AUGCGCUUCCCAAGCUCCGUCGCGUGGCACAGGGAGAUCGUGUACAAUUGCGUGUGGUCUUUGCUUGUUGAGAUUGACGAACACAAUAACCGAGCGGCUGUGGACCCACAGCCUUUCCCAAUAGAAACAGUCGUCAUGACUGGGCUCGCCACAGGCAUCGGCUGCGUCUCAGCGAAUCAAUGCGCUAAGCAUACUGCUCUUGCAUUUGCCCACUAUCAUGACGCGAAGACGAACCCGGAAAAGUGGUCGGCGAUGACCUGGGGCGAUAUUGCGGAACAUCCUCUCAACAUACGCUUACCGACAGAUUACUAA